CAACCCUCAGUGCCAGACUGGCAGCCGGCGGUGGCUGAGCCUGAGACCCCUGCUGUUCACAAUAACAGUGGAGGCUGGCUCAGCUGGGUCUUUGGGAGUGGAAGAGUUAAUAAGAAGGAGGUUCAUCUACCUGAGGACAAAGACAGAUCUAUUGUCUGGGAUCCAACUCUGCACAGAUGGGUUAACAAAACUGAGCCCAAGGCUGAGAACAAGUGUGUACCACCACCUCCACCGAUGGGGACAUAUGGAUAUCAGGGGAACACUGGCAGUGUCCCCGAAGGAGUGAAUCCUUACUCUAUGAAAGCAGCAGGUCUAUGGGGCAGCAGAUACCCUACAAUGCAUUACAAUGAUGGGACCAACUCAAAGCCUCCAAGCCAUGGGCCUGGACUGCUUCCUAGACAGCGCUCUGGCUUGCUCCCUCCUUCACACUUUGACCUCAUGGCACCAAUGGUUGUGCCACCUGACACUCUACCCUACUGAGUCUGUUCGUCGGACGAAACUGGAGAAAAAUAACUAGUGUCGAAAGUAAACAUCGGCACCUCGAUGGUGUCAACUCUGCUUAUGUCUGCAUAAUGAAAAGGUAGGGGGAAAAAUAAAAACAUCUGGUCUAGCGAUCGAUGACAAAUUAAAUGGUGCCCGUGUAACAGUUUUACUUCUGUCCCGAACCAGUGACCCUUUGCACACAUAUACAACAGUUACCCAUCGCUCCACAAAAGCCGCGGCCCUUGCAGAGUAAGGGGAACAACUACUUCAAGGUCUCAGAGCGAGUGACGUCACCGAUUGAAACGCUAUCAGUGCACUACCCCCCAAACUAGCUAGCCAUUUCACACCGGUUACAUCCAGCAUAACCCCUCAUUCAAUUACGCCAGUGGCAAACAGUGAAAUGUGAGGAGCAGGAACAGCUAUAGCCCUCAAACUCACCUCUGGGUCUCAAAGCCAGUUCCACUGCAUUUCUUCAUUGUUCUCCUGUCAUCGGGGACUGAUCUAGACCUGGGACACCAGGUGGGUGCAAGUCAUUAUCAGUUAGAACAGAAAACCAGCAGGCUCGUAGGGCAGGGGAGCGUUUCCCAAACUUGGUGUGCAUUUUGGUUUUUGUCCUAACACUACACAGCUGAUUCACAUUAACAAAGCUUGAUGAUUAGUUGAUUAUUUGAAUCAGCUUUGUAGGGCUAGGGGAAUAAAAAGAAAAUGUGCAGCCCUUUGGGGUUCAGGUGACUGAGUGUGGGAAGCCUUUGUCAUAGGGUAAAAGUUGAAUACCCCUGGGCUGUAGGCUGCACACCUUGGGUCAAAUAUUAGAUUCUGUAGCUGUGUAUUUUAUCAAAACAAUUCUGUUCUACAAUGGUUCCUUUCCUUAGCUCAGGGUUGUUUUGCCUGUUGGCAGCUGUGGGCAUACAAGCACAACAGAAACCUUCUAUAAAUGACCUCAACGCUGAAUGCCUUGGUAAUGUUAUUCGUUUGAGUGUCGCUCCUCUUUUUAAAGAGGUUGAUGCUGUCUUCAAUGACACACAAAUCAUAAACCUGACACCUGGCCUUGCUACUCAGUGUGGAUUCAGCUUUAAAUUUGACCCCAUGGGGAAUGCCAUGUUUUUUGCUUCUCUUCAAAACUGCUUUUCCCAAAACAUGGAUGAUAAGAUGUUCAGCUUGGUCAUGCAGUUCAGGCUGCCAGGAAACCACAUGAAUGAAGACCCUGUGUAUAGAGUGGGCAAAACCUGUAGCUACACCCCCUGGACCUCCCGAGAGAUUCUGUGCGACCGCAACUACAUGGAGGUGUCUGUCAGAAGGACUCUUCCAGACAUCCAAACCGUCCCUGAACAGCCCACUGGAGGCCCGAAAGCAAGGAGCGGCAACUUCCGGAGAGGAGCUGAGGCUGUUGCUGCAGGAUACAAAAUGACAGCAGUCGUCUUUAGUCCUAGCAAGAAGGUCAUGAGUGUGGAUGAGGUCCAAAGAAAGGGCUAUGCAAUAGCCAACACUCCCACACGGCUGGUGUUAAGAAGCCCUCAUAAUGCAGAGGAGACAUACCUCCAGAAUGUAGCUGGGGUUCCGAUGCGGGUGCUCUCAACCUCAACCUUCUUUGAGCAGAAGUGGCUGGUUACUCGAGUAGAUGCCACGGCUGUUUGUCCAACACCAGGGGCAGUGGCCUUUACUCCAGAAGUGAUCACCUGGUACAUGCCCAAGCACAUAGACCCACUUUUCUCCUCUGAUGCCUUCACCAUGUUGGAGGUGUACAUGGGAAUUGACGCUAAGAGGCUGGACACUGAGGAAAUGGCUGCCAGAAACUACUCGGUUUUAGUCACAGAGGCUCAUAUUAUUGUUGAAAUUCCGGUGGGGGCGGUUGGCGGCUAUUUCAAGAGCCAUAUUCAGGAUGACCAGUACUUUGUCACUUACACCAUUGAGCCCAUGCUUGAGUUGCUGUGGAUCGAGGAGGUCGCACACGAGGACACACGCUACAAAGUCCUCUUCCCUAUCACAACACCUCCGAUGGCCAGGCCUCCACAAGUUCGCAACUACACGCCCUUAGACACAGUUCCUGAGCAGGCAGUGUUUGUGCUUGAGUUGGGGACCUUCAACCUUGAUGUGGAGCUGCUGAACAUCACCUUUCCCACCAUGGUGCUAACUGUUGCAGAGUGCAACGCCAGAGGCUUCAAUGUUCAGGAGCAGAGAUCCCUGGACAACACCUUGAAGAGCUUCAGGAUGGAGGUGCCCUUCUCAGACCCGGUGGUCUUUAAGGAGAGAAGGGCGGAACAAGGUGUCACAACCUUCACUCUUCAGCUGAUCUACGGCCUGGUCGUCUUUCCAGAGUACGCUCCUUUCUCUCACUCUGCCGUUGUGGACGCUGUACUGCUGGACAUUGUGCCACCCUCAGUCACUGGCAACUGUGAUCAGGAGAACUUUCACAUCACUGUGGACUACAGGAACCAAGAUCCCUUUUUCGUGGUCUUGGUUGGCAAGCGGCUGCUUAACCAUGAGCUUGCGCAACAGUAUUUGACAGAGGGCGACGCAGACUUCACCAUCACGUUGCCCUUCUCUUCGCCGGACGCAGUGUUUGAGUCGGUUCACCCGUCCUCUGUCAGGAGCAGACUGGAUGUGGCUCUGUUGAAUCCUUACAACAACAUGACCAUCAAAUACUUUUCCCUGGCUUGCAGCUUCCUCAAAACGCUGACUGAGUGUUUCUCUAACGGAACGAUGACUGCGCUGGCGGUCAAGGUGGAGUCUGCUCCCAGUCUGAACCCCGGUCAGCUGACCCUGAGCGACCCCGCCUGUGGUCCCACCUACAGCGACGAUCGCUUCGCCUACUUCCACUUCACUGUCAACUCCUGUGGCACCACCAGGAAGUUUAUCAACAAUGUCAUGCUGUAUGAGAACGAAAUCUCCUUGCCAGAUGAACUUGAGGUGAAGCUGAAUGGCACGACGUCUUCAGAGGAGGAAUAUCAGUUAAAGGUUUCCUGCUACUAUGUGGUCAACAUCACUCGCACAUUGGCCUUCCUCACCAGGCCGCGUGACAACGAGCCUUUUGCCGAGACUGGGACGGGUCGACAAAUGGUCAGAAUGAGACUCGCUCAGGACGCCUCGUAUAACACGUUCCACCAGGAGGAGGACUAUCCAGUGGUGAGGUACCUGAGACAGCCUCUGCACUUUGAGGUGGAGCUGACCAGGUCCUCUGACCCAAAGAUAGCGCUGGUGCUUGACCACUGCUGGGCCACCCCCAAUGAGGACCGUGACUCCCGACCCCGGUGGAAUCUCAUCAUUAAUGGUUGUGAGAACCCGGAGGAUCCGUACCGUGUAGUCUUCCACCCGGUGGUAGCUGACGCCAGGGUCCACUUCCCCCCUCACGUCAAACGCUUUGAGGUCUAUAUGUUUUCCUUUGUCGAGGAUGCGGUUGAGCCGAGUGGCCAGGUCUUUGUCCAUUGUGAUGUGGUCAUCUGUGACGCCAGUAGUCCCUCUGGCGGCCCCUGUAGUGGACAAUGUGUGAAUCAGGACAACUUGAAAAGAGGUCAACGACAUGUCAAAGACCUCUUUGAGGAGCCUCAUUUCUAUGUUUCUUCUGGAUACAUUCUUAGGGUGUAAUGUCUUGUUCUAACAUGUCAAAGUGUUCUAUAU